CGAAGGAAUAUUUAUCGAACGGUUCCAGUCUUCCAGAUUGCUGAUUUGGAGAUCCCCUGUUCCAGAUUGUGAGCUGCGUAUCCCAGCUUCGGCCAUCUUGAAUUUUUGAGUUGAUCGAUCAUCUCCAGCAUUAACUGGCCGAUUGUCCUUUGCGAGAGCAGCUGCCAAUCUACAGGUCGUUCCAUGGAGGGAGUUAUGUCCUGCUUUUCCUGGAGAGUAAAGGCCAGGCGGGGCUCACACGGCAGCAAAAAAGGAACUUUACCUUUUCCAUGUAUUUUGGGUAAAAAAGGAAUUUGGACUUCUGCAAAUCAUUUUCCUCCUCCUUAACAGACCUUAGGCUCUUCCUGUCUGUUGCUUUCUGUCAUGGACUACAUUUAUUGGAUGAGGAGUAUUAGAAGGUAUGCUCAAACAGUUACUUUUCCUAAUAUGAAUAAUCAUUAUGAUCCCGACUAUAAUGCCACGAUCAAGUUCCUUAACCAGAUACUACUGGAGGAUAACAUGGAUGAGAAUGAUCUCAGCAUGUCCUAUGAUCCCAUUGCUCUUAGGGCUGUUGAGAAUUCGUUUUAUAAUGCCCUGUGUCAGAACCCUUCAUCUCCUUAUCAAGGACCUCUAUUUUAUAACAAUAAUUCUGAUAGGUUGCACUGCACAUUUGGGAGCUCAGGCUAUUAUAGCACAACUGGCAGCACCGUUAGCAGUUUUGACACUAGCCAGUGGAUUGUCGAUCCUGAAGAUCCAAAAUCAUCUCUGGCUGGUGAUCCUCCCGAGUACGCUUCCCAUAAAUAUAACACCAAUUCCACUCUAAGAAAGAAGCAUAACCUUCCAGAUAGAAGUGGGUUAGAAGAAGAAAGGAGCAGAAAAUUUUAUGCAGUCUAUGAGGAGGAGGUGAAGGAGGUUGAAUUGUCUGAGAUGUUUGAUAAGGUUUUGAUAUGUGCUGAUAACAUCAUAUCUGAUCGGUUUCCAUCUGCUGUUGGUGGCCGGAAGAGUCGUUCAUUGAAAAAAAGAGAUAAUAGUGAGUUUGUAGAUCUGGAGACACUUUUAUUAGACUGUGCACGGUCUAUUGCUGCUUCUGAUCAUGGGUCUGUAGGAGAAAAAUUGAAGAUGAUCAGGAAGCACUCUUCACCUACCGGUGAUGCCAGUCAAAGGAUGGCUCAUGUAUUUGCAAAUGCUCUUGAGGCACGGCUUAAUGGAACAGGCGCACAACUCUCUGAGGCCUUAGCUCCAAAUAAGAUGAGUGGUUCUGGGUUCUUAAAAUCCUUCCUGAUAUCAUGGCCAAUCGCAAGAAUAUCAUAUUUCAUUGCAAAUAAAAUGAUUCAGGAAGUAGCUUUGAAUAGUACAUCACUGCAUGUCAUAGAUUUUGGUAUUUUUUAUGGUAUCCAGUGGCCCACUCUCAUCCGCGAUCUUUCUCAAAGACCCGCCGGCCCUCCUAAACUCCGAAUAACUGGAAUUGAAUAUCCCUUAUGUGGUUUUCGCCCAGAACAAAUGGUAGUAGAGACUGGUCGUCUCUUGGCAAAGUAUUGCGAACAAUUUGGCGUUCCAUUUGAGUACAAUGCCAUAACUACAAAGAGUUGGGAGAAAAUUAAAAUUGAUGAUUUGAAGCUUGUGAGGGGUGAGGUUGUUGCUGUUAACUGUGCAUUUCGACUGAAAAACCUAAUGGAGGGGAGGGACGAUAGCCAUAGGGAUGUAGUUCUGAACUUAAUUUGGGAAAUAACUCCACAUAUAUUUGUGCCGAAUGUGCUCAAUGGAUCUCACAGCUGCAAUAUCUUUCUGUCUCGGUUCCGAGAGGCUUUUUUAUUCUACUCUAAUUAUUUUGAUAUGUUUGAUGCUACUUUACCACGCAAUUGUAGCAGCAGAUUGAGCUUUGAGCAAGAGUUCUUGGGACGCGAAAUUAUGAAUGUUGUUGCUUGUGAGGGAAUGGAAAGAGUAGAGAGGCCAGAAACAUACAAGCAGUGGCAUUUGCGCAUUAUGAAAGCUGGGUUCAAGCCCAUGCCCAUGAACCCGGAUCUUGUGAAAAAGUUAAAAGGCAAGGUGAAUGCAAGGUAUCACAAAGAUUUUGUGUUUGAUGAAGAUGGCCAUUGGGUACUGCAAGGAUGGAAAGGUCGGAUUCUUUGGGGUGUUUCCGGUUGGGUGCCUCAUCGGACUCUUUGCAGUUUUGACACUGAAGAAUCAAAAUCAUCUCUGGCUGGUGAUCCUCCCUCUUUCCAUUCAUCAAGUGUAACGAACUUGGAUGACUAUAACACCGAUUCCACUAGAAGCAAGAAGCAUAACCUUCCUGAUAAAAGUCGGAUAGAAGAAGAAAGGAGCAGCAAAUAUUCCACAGUUUAUGAUGAAGAGGAGGCGGAGGAUGAAUUGUCCGAGAUGUUUGAUAAGGUUUUGAUAUGUGUUGAUAGUAUCAUAGCUGAUCAGUUUCCAUCUCUAGUUGGCUGCAAGGGAAGAAAACAGAACCACCGAGGUGGCAGGAAGAGUCAUUCAAAGACACAAAAAGACAAUACUGAGUUUGUGGAUCUGGAGACGCUUUUAUUAAGCUGUGCACGAUCUAUUGCUGCUUUUGAUCAUGGGUCUGCAAAAGAACAAUUAAGAAAUAUCAGAAAGUACUCAUCGCCAACUGGUGAUGCCUAUCAAAGGAUGGCUCAUGCAUUUGCAAAUGCUCUCGAGGCACGGCUUAAUGGGACAGGCCCACAACUCUCUGAGGGCCUAGCUCCAAACAAGAUGACUGGGCUAUUAAGAUCCUUCAUGAUAUCUUGGCCAGUCUUAAGAAUAUCAUAUUUCAUUGCUAAUAAAAUAAUUCAGGAAGUAGCUUCAAAGUGUACAUCACUGCAUGUCAUAGAUUUUGGUAUUUAUAAUGGUAUCCAGUGGCCGACUCUUAUCCAUGAUCUUUCAAAAAGACCCACCGGCCCUCCUAAACUUAAAGUAACUGGAAUCGAAUAUCCGGUACGUGGUUUUUGCCCAGAACAGUUGGUAGUUGACACUGGUCGUAUCUUGGCAAAGUAUUGCAAACAAUUUGGUGUUCCAUUCGAGUACAAUGCCAUAACUUCACAGAAUUGGGAGAAAAUCAAAAUUGAUGAUUUGAAGCUUGUGAGGGGUGAGGUUGUUGCUGUUAACUGUGCGUUCCGGUUGAGAAACCUAAUGGAUGAGACCCUUGGGGAGGACAACCCUAGCCCUAGAGAUGCAGUUCUGAACUUAAUCCGGGAAAUAAAUCCACAAGUUUUUGUGCCGAUUGUGCUCAAUGCAUCUCACAGUGGCCCUUUGUUUCUGUCUCGGUUCCGAGAGGCUUUUCUAUUCUACUCCAAUUAUUUUGAUAUGAUUGACGCCACUGUGCCACAUGAUGACAGCAGAUUGAGGUUUGAGCAGGAAUUUGCGGGACGCGAAAUAAUGAAUGUCAUUGCUUGUGAGGGAAUGGAAAGAGUAGAGAGGCCUGGAACAUACAAGCAGUGGCAGAUGCGCAUUACGAAAGCUGGGUUUAAGCCAAUGCCCAUGAACCAGGAUCUUGUGAAGAAGUUAAGUGGGAAGGUGAAGGCAGGGUAUCACAAGGAUUUUGUGUUUGAUGAAGACGGCCAUUGGGUACUGCAAGGAUGGAAAGGUCGGACUCUUUGCGGCGUUUCUGGUUGGGUCCCUCGUCGUUUUACGUAGGGCACAUAGCUAAUGCCCUGAAGAGGACCACCUACUUAACAUCUUUUAAGGCCGUCAUCUCUGCCUAGGCGAAAGACAACGACAGCAUCAGGAGGGUGGCAGCAGUACUAAAGACGGAAGUAGCAGCAAGGACAGUUGCAGAAGUAUUAAUGGUGGAACAAGCAGGGACAGUUACAAGAUGAGGUUCAGGACCGAGAGGAGAGAUAUUGGAUGAUAAGGAGAAGGUGCAAAAGUGGACUAGGGAUUGCCUUU